UAGGUUAGCAUGGUGUGCAUUCAGUCAUUCAUUCAUGUCAGUCAUACAUUCACAAAACCAAUCCAUCCAUCCAUCCAUGGUACAGCGAGAUCCAGGUCUCAGCACAUGCACGGCAGACACGACAGACAGACGAGCAGGAGCAGGCAAGGCAAGACACCACGCCGGGCCUGCAGAAGGCUGCAAAGGCAAACAAACUUGAUCUUUCAUCGCCCCCUGCCCGCCACACCAGCCGCUCACCCACCGCUCCCCUCUCUGGCUAAGCAAGCAGACUACGACCAGGGAGAGAGGGAGGGAGGGAGGGAGGGACAAGAGAAGCACGUAAAGCCGGCUGUCUGUCUGUCCGUCUAUCAUGUCUAUAUACAUACAGCUCAAAGCCCCCCAGCCACGGUCGACGACCGUGGGGGACACGUACGGUGUGUUUUGUCGCAUCGUAUGCACCUAGCCUGUCUGCCUGCCUGCCUGUCUGGUGCGUACGGCGUGGAGUGGUGUGAGUAGGUAGGCGGGUGGGUAGUGUAGUACAGCUAUGAGCAGCAUCCGCCCCGGUCGGCCGCGACGCCCCCCCUGACGUUGUCGCCCUGGCUGAACGGCUGGUGGGUCGGACCCACCUUGAUGCCCUUAACACACACAGAGAGAAAGAGACCAUAGGUGUGGACGGGGAGAUACAGACAGGAAGGCUUACAUGGCCCUCGUUGGAGAGGUCGUAGACGCCAGCCUGAAUGUUCUCGUAGAUCUGACACAACAGGCAGACAGGCAGGCAACCGUCUUGACAGAUGGGGGUGUGGCUGGCUGAGUAGCUGGCUGGUGUGCUUACUUUCCUAGCGGUCCAUAUGAAUGCCUCCUCGACGUUUUGGGCCGUCUUGGCUGACGUCUCCAGAAAGAUCAACCUGGCAUUUGCACAGAAAGAUGGGCAUCGAUGAGGUCAUGCAGAAACACGCGGAAGCAAGCACAUGGACGGCGCCUGCAGCUCAGCCCACCCGUGCUGUCGUGCGAAGGAAGCACCUGCCACAGACAGGUAGAUAGAUUGCGGCUGAGGAUGUUGUGUUGUGAGUCUCAGCUAGGUGCCUACCCUCCUCUGUGGACACUUCUCUUCUCUCCAGGUCACACUUGUUGCCUGCAAACAACACACACGCAGUCUUGGAUGGAUGAUGUGUGCACGUUAUGUGUGUAUCCGGCCCACCCACCGAUGAGCAUGAUGGUCAUGUGUGGGUUGGCAUUCUAACGGCAGGCAGUUAAUGCGUGGAUGCAUGGACAAGGCAGGCAGACAGACAGACAGACAGGCAACACACGACGGCUGAGAGAUGGUUUCAUCUGUUUGCUCGCUCAGUCUCUCACCUGUCUGACUUCCUCGAGCCAUCGCGUCAAGUGGCUGAACGUGUCCCGCCUGACCAACCAACCAAGCACCCAGACAGACGACACAGCACACAAUGCUCCGGUUGCACUGCCAUGCAUGAGUCUGUGGCCUGCCUCCUCACCUGGUGAUGUCAUAAACCAAAAGGGCACCCGCAGCACCCCUGCACGCACACAUUCACACAGAGGGAGCUCUACGUCGUCGGUACAAGCAUCCGACUCAGUCACCACUCGAGUACCUACCUGUAGUAAGAUCUGGUGAUGGACCUGAAGCUCUCCUGCCCGGCGGUGUCCCAUAUCUGUAGCUUGAUCUGCUUGCCGUCGAUGUUGAUUAACCGCGCUCCGAACUCUACACCUAUCGUGAGGUCGUGAUCCGCUCGGAAGCGCUUGUCGGUGAACUGCAGCAACAGGCACGACUUGCCCACGCCUGCACUCACUCAACCACCAGUGCAGUCAUUCAUUCCACACACAGGAGUUGUGUGCUGCCUUUUCUGUCGAGGUGUGUGUCGGGUGUCACACCGGUGUCUCCGAUGAUGAUGUACUUGAACAGAUACUAAGAGAUAUACAGGACACCACACACAGCAGCAGCCAUGAGGCAUCCGACGGACAAGACGGACAGGCUGUGUCGGUGUCUGCACACCUGGUAGGGUGACAUCUUGCUUGUCUUGUGCCGCUACGAUAAGGCCGCUGCUCAGCACACGUCGUAGAUCUGCAGACAGUCACCUCACACAGCCACGACAGGCUACAGAGCGAACAGGUGUGCGCCUUUCCCCAUACGUGAUUGCGGUCUGCCCGAACACGUACUUACACCGCCUCCUGGCUCAGUGGAUAUAUGGCUCGGCCGCGCCGGGCAAGGGGCAGGGCGCUCACACGAAGCCUCACAACCGCUCGCAGUAGGCCAGUCGACCGAAGAUGUUGCACGGCGUGCUUAUUUGCCAGAUCAGCGCACGAUGAGCUCUCGCCUCAGGUGUGCAAGGAGGGAGAAAGGAGGAGAAGAGCUUCGUCUUCUGCGAGC